AUGUUGCGAGCGCGUCGAUACCGGGUCUUUUUCAUAUUCGCCGCGGCCUUCGUGCUGACGUUCUUCCACUUUGCGCGGUCCCGCGAUUGGAGUAGCCCAGCAGUCGAAGAGUCCAUUAGCAUUCACCCGGCCGAUCCCUAUCCAAAACAGCCCCCAACCCCCAACUCGGACGUCGCUGCUCCCAUUGAAAAUACCAAAAAUUUCCCUGAACCUUACCGCGGCUCCACUCCACCGUCAACCGAAAAGAUCACCUCCCCCGUGGGUCCCAGCAGCGGAUCAAAGGAAGGCAGCAAUCGGCUCAAAGAUGCGAGCGAUAGGCCUCCAUCGGCGAUUGCGCACACCGACAGCGACCACAAGGAUCCCCCGAAGGUCCCCACGGUAGUAGAGAGCACGGCCAAGCCGCCACACGCAUCAGACGAGGAAAUCGAUAAUGGAGGCGGGGGUCGCAUUCCAGUGGACCGCCAGAAGACCAGCUCUCCCUCGGCCAGAUGGAGCAAGUUCCCAGAGCGGUAUCCCGUCCCUGCAGCGGAGGUGAUCAAGCUACCGAAGCAGCAGUCGAAGGCCAUCCCCAAACUGCAGGCCAAGUUCAAGGAUGAGUCGAGCUCCAAUAAGCAGGAGCGUCUUCAGCGUCUCAGCGCGAUCAAGUCCGAGUUCAAGCACGCAUGGCAAGGCUAUAAACAGGUUGCUAUGGGACAUGACGAAGUCAAGCCCUUGUCCAAGGAGUCUGAGGAUCCCUUCAAUGGGUGGGGAGCGACUUUGGUCGAUUCUCUUGAUACCCUUUGGAUCAUGGAAAUGAAAGACGAGUUCUCCGAGGCCGUGGAUGCCAUCAAGAAGAUCGAUUUCAAAACUUCAUUGAGGGAAGACAUUCCGGUGUUUGAGACUACCAUCCGCUACAUCGGUGGACUUUUGGGAGCUUAUGAUAUCUCCGGCCACCGAUACUCGGUGCUUUUGGAGAAGGCUGAAGAGCUUGCUGAGAUUUUGAUUGGCGCUUUCGACACGCCAAACCGCAUGCCGCAUCUAUAUUACCGCUGGGCACCAGAAUUUGUCGCAAAGCGUCACCGGGCUUCUUCUCGCGCUGGACUGGCUGAACUUGGAUCCCUUUCGUUGGAAUUCACUCGCUUGGCUCAGUUGACCAGACAGGACAAGUAUUACGAUGCAAUUGCACGGGUCACCAAUGAGCUAGAGAAGUUCCAAGACUCAACCAGCGUCCCCGGUCUCUGGCCCAUUCGUGUCAAUGCACAGGGCUGUACCCGAUACAAGUCUCAGCGAAACGGCAGCCCUGCAGAUGAGGAACGUCCUGCCAGCACCCCCAAGCCUAGUACUACUAGGACCCGUAAAGCUUACGCCGCACCAACGGACGUUGAGAGUUAUAUGAAUCUGAUCAAUCGCGACCAGUCUCCGGUUUCCGAACAGACUGCCCAACGUGCCAAUGGCACCUCGUUUUCAGAUGAGUCCUAUAUCCAGGCACGGAAGCAGACAGUCUUGGCGGACCAGUGCAACGGUGGUCUCGAACUUCCUCUCUCGGCGGCUAGCAAUAAGUACAGUCUGGGAGGAAUGGCUGAUUCCACUUACGAGUACCUACCCAAGGAGUACCUACUCUUGGGUGGCGCAAAUGAGCAAUAUCAAAACAUGUAUACAAAGGCGGCCACGGCAGCCCGCAAGAAUCUCCUCUUCCAGCCCAUGGUGAAAGGGGGACGCGAUAUUCGCUUCAUGGCAUCGACAACUCCAAUCACACCUGGGAAACCUGCGCAACUGACUCCCGCCGAUUUUGAGUACGAAGGUCACCAUCUGACAUGUUUCGUCGGCGGUAUGUACGCUUUGGGUGCCAAAGCCUUUGGGAUCGAGGGCGACAUGGAGCUCGCAGCGAAACUGACCGAAGGCUGCGUAUGGGCCUACGAGUCAACCCAGACCGGUUUGAUGCCCGAGCGAUUCCGUCUCUUGCCUUGCGAGAAGGGAUCUGCCUGCGAAUGGGAUCAGGCCCGAUUUGACGCUGGAGUGGCUCGCUAUUCUCGCGUGGAUCCUGAGGCAGGGCCCCAGUUCCGCAAUGGCGAGGAUACGUACGGACAGCGCCUGAAGCUGAACGCACACGAGGCACCACAGGAGUCUGAAAACCGGAUGGUUCCCGUUCCCAUGCCGGGCUCCUUGAAUCCCCACGACACCGACGUGAUCUCUAAGCGUGAUGGAUCUGGAGCGGGAAAACGUGCCGAGCCUUCUUCCUCGGCCGCCAGCGCGGCUGCCACGCCCGUUGGGUAUGGGUUAGAGAACCGCGAUGCUCCCCAUUCUUCUUCGGCACCUGCUUCGCCUCAGGUUGCUGCCGUGGGUAAGGACCACCUCCCAGCGGGCAUGAUCAGCAUUCCUCAGCCGAACUACUAUCUUCGGCCAGAGGCAAUCGAGUCGGUUUUCAUUAUGUACCGGUUGACCGGUGAUGAGACCUGGCGCCGCAAGGGAUGGCAGAUGUUCGAGGCUAUUGCCAGAUAUACCCGAACAGAGCUGGCCCACGCAGCCAUUAACGAUGUCACGGCCCAAAAGCCAAGUCACAAAGAUACGAUGGAGUCUUUCUGGCUGUCCGAGACUCUGAAGUACUUCUACCUGCUCUUCAGUGACCCCAGUGUGGUAGACUUGGAUAAAUAUGUUCUGAACACCGAAGCGCAUCCCUUCCUGCGCCCAGUUUGA